GUGUGAGUCACAUGACUGAAACCAGGAAACAGAGAAGUGGUGUGAGUGCAGUUGCUUCCUCGGUCUUUACAGCAGAGCAGAGACAGAGCCUUUAAGACUGCAGCGACCUGACGAUGAUAGGAACCCAAGUGGAACCUGGGGUCGACAGUCGAGUUCAGGACUGUGAGAAUGGCAUCUCUAUGGAUCUCUUCCUGCAUGUUUCACUCAUACCAGCAGUGUUUAUCACGGGGAUACUCUCCUUCCUCCAGAAAAGAGCCAAAACACUGGGCAUCGACCGCAGACUGCCCUUCCUGAGAGGACGUUUUGCCAUUGUGAUUCCUUUAGACACCAUAGGCAGUCUGAGUAAUCGGUGGUCCUAUGGGUUUGCGUUCGGUGCCGUGUCCUCCAGCGUCCUGCUGCUCUUCUCUGAAGGUUACGUCCCCUUCUCAGUCCCAACCUGGGCCAGAGCUAUAAUGUUUCUGAUCGGAGCGUUAGAGGUGGGCCUGGUCUACUUCCCUUUCUUUGCCUGUCUGUCCACGCCUUGCAGAGCAGCUGGGGCAGUGCUGGGGAUACUGUACUCUCUGUGCUGGAUCACUAUUACGGUCUGGGAUACAUUCACCUGUCCCAGUGGUAAGAUUCUGGGCAUACACCAGAAGAUCAUCGUCCAGUGGCCCUGCAUCCUCUCCCUCAUCUUCCUCUUGGGACGAUUCAUCUACAUGCUGGUUAAAGCUGUUCGAAUACGUCUGCAACUGGAGCCAGAGGACCCUGAGGAGCUGAUUGAGCAGCACCAGGUGCAGCAUGUUAAGAGCCUGCUGAGGAAAACGCCUGCGCACAGUAAGCCCCUCAGCUGGUUCCAGAGAAGAGUGUAUGAGUGGGACCCCCACUUCAAGUUCCCCAACAGGAUCAUCGGCACUGCCAUUAUAUCCCUCAUAGGCCUGUACACGAUGACCCUGGCCGACUACAGCGUCAGUAAUGUGGCUUUUGACCGAGUAGAGAAGUGGAAGGAGACAUUAGAAUAUCUGGUGACUUCCUGUAAUCAGACGGAAGCUCUGGGAGCCAUGAUACCACAGCUGGAGGAGUUCAUCGACGUGGCUAGGAAGUCUUGGCUAGCUACCACCAUCUUUGCUAGUCUCAACUCGGUAGCCUACACUCUCCACGUCUUAGCAUGUUACAGAAAACACUUGAAGAGACUGUGGAGAGGGCAGAAGGGGUUUCUUCCUGAGAAGUUUCACAACCCUAGCUCAGCUGUCAGUGUAGCUUCCAUCACGAGAUACUCUGGUUGGCAAAUAGCGUUCACACUGUGGGGCUACCUGAUUGUCCAUUUUGUCCACUUCCUGUUUGCCCUGCUGUUCGUCUAUGCUUUGGUUCUUCCUAUAAAGCAUGGCAGGGUACUCAGCAUGCUCAGCAACCUGGGAAUUACAGUCCUGACCAUCGCCCUGGUGAUCGCCCUGGUGAUUCUCCAGGUAGUUCUGGUUCAGAUCUUCUUCCUCCAGGACAAAAUGUCUCCCACUGAUAAAGAGAAACCUCUGGCUCUCAACAACAGGAAGGCGUUCCACUGCUUCAGCUACUUCUUCUUUUUCUACAAUGUGGUGAUGGGGAUCGGCAACUGCAUACUGAGGUUGCUGAGCAGCAUUCUGGCGGGAACGUGGCUGGUGUCACGCAUAGACCGGACCAUAAUGCAGAGAGGAUAUGAAGGCAUGGAUGCUGGCUACAGCACCUGGGUUGGGAUGAUCUUUGCUGACCACUAUCAUAACAAUCCAGUCAUGGUGUGUUUCUGCCAGCUGCUGGUCUCCAACACGCUGGAGAGACACGCUGCGUCUUCAUAUUCAACAUUCAACAACACGCCAUCUGAAUCCCCUGGGAAUAGUCAGGCCAGGAGGCGCUGGAGGCUGCUUUACACCUUACUGCGGAACCCUCGUCUGAUCCUGCUCAGAAAGCACCACAUCUCCUUAUCUUCAUCACAACGGACAUCAUCAUCUCCACACUCAGAUGCAGUGUUGCAGGCUUGGGUCAUGGCCUCUCAAACACAGAGUCGCCAAGCAGCAUCACAGUUGCCACCAGAGUUUGAUGUCAUACCAGCAGAAGACUGUUAAAAAAACAUUUUCUUGUUGUUUUUUUUUUAAAUAUGUCGUUUUUUAGAAGAUUUCCAUGUUGUACAAGGGACACUGUUGUGUUUUCAAAAGGUCUUUUUCAAAGACCAAACAAAAAGUUGUGGAAUAGCAACUGAAUAAGAAGAUGUUAACAUGUUCAAUAAAUUAGUCACAAUUUGAUCAGGUCAGAGGGAGCAUUUAUCAUUUGUAAUUCACACCAUUGGGCUUGAUUUACAGUAAUUUUGAGAGACUGUACAAUGGCAAGCAAAUGUUUUGAGUUUGAAAUAAAAAAAGUGUGACAGUUGUA